AUGUUUCUUAUAUUUAUAUGUCCUUUAUUGGUAUUUUCUCAGUGUUCGGAGACGUAUUGUGAAUAUGCUGCUGGUAUUGGUGAAAUGCGAACGGAGACUAUAACCAAACCCAAAGCAGUUGAAUUUUUUAAUAAAUUUAAUGAGUACCUUCAAGCUUAUGCUUUUAGAGAUAUUGCCAAACAACCUCCACAGCCUCCAGAAAACAGCACUUAUUAUCAAAAAUAUGAUAUGGACUUGUUUGCUGAUGAAAUAAAAAAGUAUUUAGACGAACAAGGAGAGAAUGUUGUCUUCCAUGACCUCUUUGUGAAAAUGGUCAACAUGAUUGGAGGACCAAGAGACCUCCACUUAAGUCUCAGUCCAAACAAUUUUGAUCAUAAGGUCUGCAGUUUCUAUGUUGUUAACAUGGCGACUUUCAUAUUUGAGAAUGGGAAAGUCUUUGCGCGUGUCCCCGCCCAAAUAUUCAACACAAGUCCAGUCAAAAUUUACGGAGCAGAUAAGGUAAAGACCGUGUACAACAAAUUUAACGUUCCAGUCAUUUCAAUUAACGGUAUUGACCCAACCAAAUUUAUUGCAGACUACGCUUAUAAGUACUUUUUACUCAAAAAUGUGAAUGGUGCUGUGACUUACUUCAUUCGUUCAUUUACUGGUUGCCCUUAUUACUCAGUUCCUAUUAAAGCGGAAGACACUGAUUUUGUUAUCCAGUUUGAGGAUGGCAGUAACGCAACGUGGAGUACUAAAUUAUGGAACAUACGGUCUGAAAGUGCUGCUAUUAGUGAAAGCGAACUUUUUGCUCGUAAAUUUUUGGAAAGGAAAAUAAAGGAAAACACAAGAAGAAGUGAAAGAAAUUACAGAGAAGGUAUUUUAGAAGGAAAAAUUGAUAUAAUAAGUCCCGAAUUAUUUGAUAAAAUGGACGAAAGAAUCGAAAAUAAAAUGAACGAGUUUAUGGGAAGAAAAUUAAAAAGAAAUAACAAACCAAUUCCUCUAUUUUUAGAACCUCCAUUAAUAAAACAAAAUGCUAAAAAUUCAAAUUUAAAUGAUGAAAUGUCAUAUCCAGAAAAUCAACAAGACAUUAUUUCCCAAAAUGAAUAUAAAGUUUUAACGAGAAACUCAAAGGAAUUCAAUAAACUGUCUUCUCAAAUUGAUGCCAAAAUAGACCUACUUUUUACCACUAAAAAGCAUACUCUUCCAGUAAAAAGUGAAGGUUUAUUUAAUUAUACAUUAGACGGUGUUCUUGCGUGUGGGCAACGUGUGUUCUUUGAUAUUCGUUACAACUUCUUAGAAGUUUCGAGUUUCUCAUCCGAACAAUUGACCGACUUUUUGGCAUAUGCAGCUGAAUGUGGAGAGAUAUUUAACUCCAACACCGACCCAAUAGUUAUAGUUCUUCCACGUAAUGGCGGCGGUUUUGUUGAUGCUGAAGACUUUUUAUAUAAAAUUAUUUCUCCAUCGACAAACUAUGAGAAAGCAAAUGUUGCUCGAAUCAGUGAAAGUUCAGAGAAAGUCCUUAGAAAUGGAUUUGGAGCACUUAUAGAAGAUCCCGUGACACAUAUUAGAAGAGUUCCAAGAAGUAACUCGUAUUACGAUGGUGACCUUGGAGACUUCUAUAAUAAACCUGACUCUGAAUUUUAUGGAGAAAACAAAGAAGUUGAGUUUAAACACAUUCAGAAGUCUCAUUUGAUUGAAAACACUCGAGACUUCCCAACAGUGAAUGCGAGAAAGAAAAAUCAAAUUGUCGUCUUUUCAGACCAUUUUUGCUUCUCCGCGUGUUCGCUGUUUACUUAUCACUUUAGUGAGAAGAAAUCUGCAAUCACCGCAACAUAUAGUGGACUACCAGACUCAACAUUCAGAAAUCUUGGAGAGAGUCCAACUGCUGUUAUUCAAGACGAUUAUAUUCAUGACGGCUUGGAAACAGUUGUGAAGGAUAUGGGAUUUAAGAUGGGCAUAUCAUAUUUACCAACUUUGCCGUUGAAUGAAAGUGAUUUGGUGCCAAAUGAGUAUAAAGUGCACCAACCUAUGGAGCACACAAACAUACAGUUUUACUAUGGAGACGAACAAUCAGUCGAUGAGUUCUUAGAAGUAGCAGAGGCGUACAUUGAAAAGUACAAAAAUUGGUGUGAGACCGGAGAAUUAAAAGAAGAUAUAAAAUGCAGUGAAAACAACGCUUCGGAAGUGUGGGGAAGACUGUGUGAAAAUGAGUAUUUUAAUAUGGACAAAUGUGUAUUUGUGAGAUGUGCUGAUAAAUACUUCUAUAACAAUGAAACGAAGGCGUGUCAAAUUGUUGAAUGCGAAGAAGGACAAAAUAUUACUUACAAUUCGAAGUGUACUCAAAACAGUGACAGUGAAAUGUGGGGAUCACCUUGUAUUAAUAAUGUGCUGGACUCAAAUAAUUGCUCUUUUAUGGAAUGCAAAACCGGGUAUCUUCGUGACGAAAUAAAGAAUAUGUGUUAUAAAAAAGAGUGUGAGGACUCAACCCAAAUUGUUGAAAACAUCAAAUGCCCACAGGCGAGUAUCAGUGAGUUGUGGGGAAUCAAAUGCAUAAAUGGCCGAUAUAACACUGAAAAUUGUGAGUUUAUGUCGUGUAAAAGUGGAUAUAUGUACGAUGAUAUAAAGAAGACAUGUGUCGUACAAUCCUCUUCGUGUAAAGAUGGAGAAAUCAGAAUAGAUCAAAUGUGCAAGGAAACUUCUGAAAAGGAAUUUUGGGCCGCCAAAUGUGUUAAUGGGAAGUACGAUAAUACAAAUUGCGUGUUCUAUGAUUGUACACCGGGAUAUGAGUUAAAUUCUGACAAAGAGUGUGUCAAGAAAACGGUGUGUAACGAAGGUGCAAUUUUACCAACUAAAUUAUGUAAAGAUGCAAAAGAUGGUGAAAUUUGGGCUGCAAAAUGUAUUAAUGGAAGUUUCAAUUAUACCAACUGCGAGUUUGCCCAAUGUGAUGAUGGUUAUACUUUGAGUGAUGACACAAACAAAAGAUGUGUCAAAAACGGGGAAAAUACAGACAGUGCAACCAUUUUAUGUGUGGUUACUUUAACACUUCUGAUGGUUAUAUUGGUGUAA